AUGGAUUCUCAAAAGAGGAAGCGUCUAAUAAUUUAAUAUUCGUUAAAAUUAAAAGAACUCAAAGAAGGAAGAGAUAGUUCUGAACAGAAAGCAUAACGAGCUCAUUAAAAAUCUCGAGUACUCAAAACUGAGUCCUCUGUUUCAUUAGUUAAAUUACCACAAUAAAUUCAAAUGCCUCCCGUAGAUGAUAUCAUUUCUAAGGGGGAAUGUAAAUUAAUUUUCUUACAAACUUAAUCUGAUGAUACAGGAUUUCGUACAUUUAAUGAAAUGAUGAGGACCAAUUCAAGUUGGCUUACCUAAGCAGAUAAAUUGGCGAAUACUCUUAGUAGUCCAAUGCAAUUAAAGAACAGACUUCAAUUUAAUCAUACUCAAGCAUUGAAGUUCAAGAACCGAAUUGAAUAAAAAUGGAAUAUGACAGUCAAAGAAGUGGCUGAUACUAUAAUACAAAAAUAAGAAUAAAAGGACCAAUAAAAAAUUAAAUUAGUUCAUUUAAAGAUUAAUCAUUUUGAUACUGACGAAAUAGGACAAUAGCAGGAGGAAUGUCCAACACCUUCUCAAUCAUAAGAAGUGAUAACUGCAAAUUUAAAGUUUUUUUGGUUUCACAUAUCAAUAUCAGAUUGGAAACCACCUAUUCGCGAAGGUUGUACAGUGACUUAUAUCCAAAAUUUGAAUAAAUGCAUAAUGUAUGGUGGAAUAGGAAAUGAUUUAUUUAAGACUUUUGUAACUCUGAAUACUCAGACAUGGGUAUGGAAGGAUAUUGGACCUGGAGUAGGAGAUGUCCCAUUAGAGGGUAGAUUCGGACAUACCGCUACACUUUAUAAGCAAUAAUUGAUAAUUUAUGGAGGAGAGAAAAAAUACAACAGUGCAAUGAAGAUGAGAGAGUGUUAUGGGGAUGUUCGUAUAUUUACUCCAAGUGAUAAAACCUGGAUCUUGAUUAAACCAUACGGAGAUGUAGUGGAAGGGCGACGCAAUCAUUGUGCAGAAGUAAUUGGUAAAUAUUUCAUUGUUUACGGUGGGAUCAAUUCAUAUGGUAAAAUCUUGACAGAUGUGGCAGGGCUUAAUUUGGAAACAUGUAAAUGGACUUCAUUUCAAAUUGAGAAUUCAGUUGGAUUGGAAGGAGUUUCUGAUGCAACCUCUUUGGCCAUGUUCAAAAGUGAAAUUAAAAUGGAAAACCCUUAUUUCAGUUAUGAAUGGGUCAAAAAAAAGGGAAGGUCUUUCUUGCCCAUUACAACUGAAGGCAUUUAUGUUUUCGGAGGGAGAUUAUAAAAUGGAGAAGCAAUUAAUGACCUCAGAAUUAUCUAGUUUGGAUUCAAACCGAUUAAAAUUACAAAAGUCAAGACAAAAGGAUAACCACCAUUAGCUCGAUAUUCUCAUUCAAUGAAUUACUUUAGAUAAACCAAUGUCAUCAUUAUCUAUGGUGGCAGGAAUGACUCAAAAUAAGGAAAUAUCCUUAAUGAUAUAUUUGUAUUGCAAAUCCAAUAAUUCUCAUGGUCUUAAGUUUAAUAGAUCUAAUAAUUGUACUCAUUCAUAUUUAUUAGUAGAAAAAAUGGCAAGUGCAGACAUUCAAGUGUCUCCAUUGAUUCUAAAAUACUUAUUUUCGGAGGCUAUGCUUAACAUGUGUUUGCCAAUGCAGAUAUCCAAUUAUUGGAAUUAGAUUAGAAUAAAGUGGCUAAAAUGAUUAAAGAUAAUAAAAGUAAUAAAAAUAGAGAUGUUGUUAUUCACAGUGAUGAAUUAGUUAAUAACAACACUCUCAAAGUUUUUAAAACUGAAUACUAUAAUGAGGCAGAAGACCCAGAUCUUAAACAAAAGAAAAUCUAAGAAAAUGAAUUCCAAAGAUUAUGUUACAGCAAUUUCAAAAGUUUCAUGCCUCUGCCUCCACAAAAUCAUUCAUCUUUGGUUACUGAAUACAAAAAUAAGAGAGAAUAAGCCAAAUUAGAAAUUCUCAAAAGCUAAUUUAAUGAUGUAAGCAGAAGAAACAGUCGUAGAACAACUAGUGACUUCAAAAUUAUUGAAAAAUGA